AACUUCCUGGUCGAUUCUGGAUGACAGGGGACGUAAAUAAGAUUUUUUUUCUUGCAUUGCAGUUUCUUUCUCCACUCUUCUAACAAAGGUCCUGUGCACGUCAGUCAGUGCUGUGUCUUGUGUGUUUCUUCCAACGUUGUCAGUUUUAAUUUCUUUGCGGAUUAUUGCUGAGGUGCACUGUUUGACAAAAGCACCAGAGAAGUCUAUUCAAGAUUCAUUUGUGGGAUGGUACAUCGUUGCAGCCUUUGCUUUGCUGUGCAAGAUAUCCAUCUGCAGCCACGACGCCAACAGAUACUAUGCUAAACAUGGCAAAUGAGUUCAAUAAUAACAACUAUUUACCUGGAUUUCCUUCAGAUAUCUCUGCAGCAACAUUUGCACAUGUUUUACCAACAGCUCUUCACUUCCGAAGUGGGUCAGUGCCGCAAAAUAGUUUUACAUUCACCACACCAACUCAGUGUAACACUUCUGCCACCCCUCGGCCUUGUAUUCAGACGACCAGCCGAAUCAGCAACCUCAGUGCUCCAGGUGUGGGAGCGUCAUGGCAACAUUCCAUUCCCACAACAAUGCCGUGGGUCGCCACACAAGCUGUACCUAUGCGCCAGGUUGGCCUGGGUAAUGCCUCGCUUUUUACUGGCAUCCCUUCGCACAUAAAUGUCCCUUCCUGCAGUAGCCCUAUCAAACGACCAAAGCGCAGAGCAUUAGAUGAACCAAAUGAGGCCCCUUCUUCCAAAGUGUACUUAUGUUUGGAUAAAUUUGCAAACUUGCACAUCAGUCCAAGUGAACACAGCAGAGAUGUAGGGACAGCUGCAAGUUACGCGGACCAAACAGAGAAUAUCAAUUCGAUUUGGCAGCAUUUCCAAGAAAUAGAAAACAGGCUGGACGAAGAGUUGGAAGAGGACGUGAACACUUGUGUCGACCCUGGGAACACACAGGAGGACGGUCCCGUGCUGAAGGUCGCAGACGGCAUCCUGGACGUUGACAAACACAAGAAGCUGGUGUCUGCUGAGCCCAUUUUGCCGAGAGAAGUGAUUGCAGAAGUACAAAAACCGUGCAUGCAGCUUGUGCUGUGGCAGUCACCUGCAGCAGCCAUCAGAGAGUUUCUGAAAUGUGACGACCCACAGAGCAAUUCAUCAGUGGUUGUGACUACCUCCUCUUCCAAUCUCAACGUGUCUUCUCAAAACACGUGUGUGAGUCCCUCAAACAAUAGACACAACAGCAACAACAAGAACUUUUUAACUUCAACAAACGCAGACGACAGUAGCAUGGACGUCAAUGUCGAUGACGGUGGUGCAACAACUGAGAAACUAUCAUCUGGCAGUUUUCACGAGCGUGUCGUAUCGAGAGGGGGCUUCUGUUGUUCCCCGUCAUCGACCAUUCUGACGCAGGUUUCCUCUUGUCGAGUUUCAUCAUCGUGUGAGCCAAGUAUGUUCAAUGUUGACCUAAGUAACAGAAGCCAAGGUCACAUCGACAACAACUGCAACAACAAUAACAACAACAAUGUUAUGAGAACCAGCAGAAGCGGAGUGGGUGUUGGGCUGGGUGGGGAGCACAGAGACUUUUUCCAGACGUUCGAUGAUCAGGAGAUGCAGCAGUCCUGACAGGCUAUCACUGUCUCACAACUUCUUGUUCUUUUCACUUUGCUCACAUCUUUCAUUCAUCGCUGUCUGGGGAAGACCCCUUUCCAGAAAUGUCUGAGAUGAUAGAAAUAAGUCACAUAUAGCAGCGUAUUUCCACUGGGGAAAGUGUUUCAUGCGCUCUACAAUAGUAUAACAUAGUUACAGGGUCCCCACAGGGUCGGGAAAUCUGGAAAAAGUCGGGAAUUUUGAGAUAGGUCGGGAAAAAGUCGGGAAUUUUGUGAUGGGUCGGUAAGUCGGGAAAGGAUAGGGCCUGUGUAAUGUG